AUGCCUUCCUCGAUCACCCUCACCGUCAGCCACCUCCCAACGUCCACUUCCUUCUUUCUCUCCACACUGCAACCCCUGGGUUACGUCUUCCGGGGUCGGCAGGAACAGACAAUUGGUUUCGGUCCGGAAUAUCCACCUAAUACGCCCGCAGAUUUCUGGAUUACACAGGAGAUCCCGGGUGUGCCAGCUGGUGCCGCUCACGUGGCUUUUCCCGCCGCCUCCCGAGCUAAUGUGCAAGAAUUCUUCGUCGCUGCCCUAAAAGCUGGUGGGAAAAUCCAUGGCGAGCCGUGUCAGCGGGAUAGUACGGGGUACUAUUCAGCCGCCGUGAUCGACUUUGACGGCAACUCGAUUGAAGCCGUCCAUAGGCCGGGACUGACCGGUGAAGCAAACAAGGAGAAUGUCGAUGCCAGGAGUGUCGUGUCACAUCGGACCGGAAGUGUCAAAGCACCUUCAACCGUAGGGCCGGCCAAAAGCGUAGUCUCCCAAGCGAGAAGCAAAGCACCCACUACAGUUGCACCACCACAAAGUGUCGUCUCUCAAGCAAAGAGCCAAGCGCCAUCUCAAAUGUCGGCUGCAUCGACGAAAACACCCGAACAGACACAGCCAAAACCUUCAGGCGAUGUUCUCAAUACGUUGAUCAACGAAGCCCGCAGUGCCGCCAACGUUGCACGCGACCUUGUCACCAGCUUCAAAGGCAACGUUUCGUCGACGCCGCCAUCAGUACCCAGCAACACGGCAACAGGUGGUGGAAUCGGAGCAGGCGAAGCCAUCGUCGGAACUCUUCUCGGUGUCGCCGCUGGUGCGGCUUUGCACUAUGCUUUCAGCAACCGCUCAAAGGACAAUGCCUCGGACGAUGAUCGUGACGCACAUCAAUUCCAACCCCGCCGCCCGUCUGUGGCCGGUCGAAGCGUGACUGAGCCUCCUGCUAUUCUGCGUCCCGUCUACUCCUCCGCGCCCUCCGACUACCAGGCAGGUUACGUUGGAGGAGGCUUCCAGCGGGCCAUUGAACCCGCUCCCUCAGCAUUCACAUACUCGUCUCGCAACAACGACGAUCAGAAACUAAUCACCAUGCAGGAUAACGAGCCUGGUCCUCCUGCACCCACGGCAAUCACUUACCACAGCCACGCGUCCCCUAAGUCCGACUACGCAAGUACAAUCCGGCCCACGUCAGUGACCCGGCGAAUGAGCAUGGACUCCGGCUUCGGCCCCGGUCCCCGCGACAUCGAAGCCGCGUCGCAUGCCGCCUCCUCGAAAGCAUCCACCCGCCACUCGAAAAAGAGCAGCGCUCCACCGCCGACGAGCUAUCGCGCGCCCAGCGUGUUGACGGAGAAGAUGUCUAGAGUCUCCGGCGCAAAAGGGGACGGCAGCGGUAAGGAAGAUUCAUCAGGGUCCCGAACAAGCAGCCUUAUCCGCCUGGGCCGAAGUCUCUCUCAAGCGAGCCGCUCUCUCGCGGCAGGUGGCGACGCGCCGCCUCGAUCAAGAUCCCAAUCCCGUCACAGCACACGAUCCCGCCGCUCUCGCCGCGACGAUUUUGAGGCAGUCAAGGGGGAAGUCGAAGAGGUGGAGACCGUGCUCCACGUUGCAGGGAAGAGCAGUACCAGUAUCGCCAGAUACCCAGUGUCAAACGGUGGUGGGGGUUCCAAAGCCGGCUCCAAAGCACCCAGUCGCGCGGGCUCGAAACAUCAUCCCCGCGCAUGCGAUCCGGCCGAGUACCCGCUCCCACCGUCACGGGCUGCAACCUGGACGGGCUCCGACGCGGGUAGAUCCUUCGUCUCUGCGCGGUCGAAUUUCGGACCCAACGGAAGAGUCGGCGACGCCCCGAGGACAGUCAUUGGGAGAUUGCGGAGUGAACAGGUCGAAAAGGCCGACACGGCGAGUGUAGUCAGCAAGCAGAAGGAGUUGAAGGAUUUGGAUGUCACGGAUCGGGAGGUCGGGCCGGAGGAUAGUGUUAGUCAGAUUAGUGUCGAGUCUAGACGGAGUCGGCGGAGCAAGGCAAGUACUAGUAGGAGGUGA